CGCUCUCGACCCAGACCCUUUGAGCACAUGAAGGCAGAUGGGCCUAAGCAUUUGAAGGUGUGACGGAAAGUAAUAGUUGAAGACGCUCGAAUAAAGCUACAGCCAUGGCUAUGUCAAUACCAAGAACAGUUUUGCAAAGUAUGAUGAAGGAGGGAGCCAAGCAUUACAGUGGUCUUGAUGAGGCUGUGUACCGAAACUUAGAGGCUUGCAAACAGUUCACUGACAUAACAAGAUCAUCAUAUGGGCCAAAUGGCAUGAACAAGAUGGUAAUUAAUCAUUUAGAGAAGCUUUUUGUCACAAAUGACGCAGCAACUGUUAUCAAAGAAUUAGAGGUUCAACACCCUGCUGCAAAAAUGAUUGUGAUGGCUGCAAAUAUGCAGGAGCAAGAAGCAGGAGAUGGCACAAACUUUGUUUUGAUAUUUGCUGGUGCAUUAUUACGAGAAGCUGAAAAACUCUUAAGAAUGGGACUAUCACCUUCAGAGGUUGUGGAUGGAUUUGACAUAGCCUUAAAGAGGGCAUUAGAAAUAUUGCCAGAUCUUGUAUGUGCAAAUGCAAAGAAUCUGAGGGAUCCAUCUGAAGUUGCAAAAUUUAUCAAGCCAACAAUUGCUAGCAAACAGUAUGGAAAUGAAGAUUUUUUGUCAGAGCUCAUCGCAAAAGCAUGUAUUUCAAUUUACAGACAAGACGGUAGUUUCAACGUAGACAGUGUUCGAGUUUCAAAAAUUCUUGGUUCAGGAAUGCAUGCCUCUGAAGUGGUAAGGGGGAUGGUCUUUCAACGAGAAGCUGAAGGAGAUAUCAGAAAAGUUGAAAAUGCCAAGAUUGCUGUUUUCUCUUGUGCGUUAGACUCUGCAACUACUGACACAAAGGGAACCGUUUUAAUCAAAGCAGCAGAGGAAUUAAUGAACUUUAGUAAAGGAGAAGAAGAUCUUUUGGAAGCUCAAAUUCGAGGAGUAGCAGAAACAGGUGUAAAUAUGAUUGUUAGUGGUGGAAAAGUCGCAGAUAUGGCCCUACAUUUUUGCAACAAGUAUAAAAUCAUGGUUUUAAGGUUGAACUCAAAAUUUGAUUUAAGAAGACUAAGUCGAGCUGUGCAAGCAAUAAUUCUCCCAAAAAUAACGGUGCCUACUGCAGAGGAAAUUGGUCAUUGCGAUCAUGUAACAGCAGCUGAAAUCGGAGAAGCACCUGUAACAAUAUUCCGACAAGAGCGAGAAGAAACUGCUGUGUCAACUAUAGUCGUCCGUGGAGCAACACAAAAUAUUCUUGAUGAUAUAGAGCGAUCAAUAGACGAUGGCGUAAACACUUUCAAGGCAUUUACAAGAGAUGCCAGGCUAUUGCCAGGGGCAGCUGCAACUGAGAUCGAAAUUGCACAUCAGUUACAAAAGUACAGUCAGACUCUCCCUGGAUUAGAACAAUAUUCAGUAAGGAAAUAUGCAGAAGCUUUCGAAGCCUUCCCCAAAGCAUUGGCUGAAAACUCGGGAACAAAGGCGACCGAACUUAUUUCCAACCUGUACGCCGCACACAACGCUGGCGAAAAAACCAUAGGCUUCAACAUCGAGGGUGAAGGUGCGAGUACACUUGAUGCCGCAGAGGCUGGCAUACUGGAUUCAUACCUCGUUAAAUACUGGGCAAUAAAGUAUGCCUCAAACGCUGCAAUGACUGUCCUCAAGGUCGAUCAAAUUAUCAUGGCAAAAGCGGCAGGAGGGCCUAAGCCAAAAGAAAACAAGAACUGGGAUGAAGAUUAAAAAUCGGCUGUAUUAUAGAGAUGGUGGUUGGCACCAGCCCCAGAAUGGACCUUGCCCUUGGCCGAAAGGCCAGCAAUUGAACUUUUUGGCAAUUAGAAGAACCAAUCGGUUGUUUCAGGAACCCUUCGAAAUAGACACAACUUAAAAAUGUUGCGAUUACAGUUAGACAAUAAAGUCCAAUGUUA